UGUGUGUGUUUUGAUUUUUAGCUGGGAGUGGUGAGUCUCUCAUGUACACUCAAAGUUCACUCACACAUUCUCAUUUAAUGAAUGUGUGUCAGCGAAGAGGCAUUAUAAUACAUCAAAGAGCUUCAAAAACAUGAAUUAAAAUUAAGACUUCUGAGCAAAAACCGGGACAGUAUGCUGCGUUACUGCGCGCUCUCGCGCUUCCUGCACGAGGAGACUCGAGUACUGGACGGAUGAUUCGGACUGUAUAACCGAACCGGUCAGAACUAUGGUCCUCUGGGGUCCCUUAAAGCCUCACAGAGACUACAUCGCGAAGGAUAUAAUCUUUGGGAUUUUGUUCUUAACCAGUUUCGGUUAAUCGUCUGUUGGAUACGAGAGUGAAACUGUUGCGCAAUGGAGUUGACGUGGUGGAGAGUUCAACUGCUCCUAUUGGCCAGCGCCUGUGUGUGUUCACUGGAACGAGUCGCACACACACCAGAAAACAACGUCAUCUGUCCUCAGGCUCUUUCAAACUGCAGUGUGAGACAUACAGAACCUCUCGGAGUUCACGAUGUGGACUAUGGUCGUGCGUUUGUGUGUUCUCUGGACGUGACGCCAAAAUUGUGCUGUCAUGGGAAGGAUUGUACACCAUGCUUGUGGAGCUACAUCUCUUUGAGCAUUUCUCCAGAUCCUGAGGAUGAAGAGGACAGCGAUAUUGAGGGAUCAGAAUAUGAAGAUGAAAACAGUGGAGAAUUGGAUUCAAGAUGCGUUUCCACGCCAAACAACACACCAGAAGGUCGAAGAAAGGAACACUCUCUCCGUGAAGACCCAUAUCAAGUUACGAUAUGCUACAUAUCAGCAGAAAGGCAGCAAGAGCGCUGCAAGAGAUUAGACUUCACAAUGACUUCUGCUGCAACUCACAAACUUCUCAAUCUGAUUCUGGUGGAGUAUGAAGAUGUUGACUUUGGCAGAAGCAUGGAGAUCACAGUUGUGUCGCCCCGUCAGUCACGAGAAGUUGAUAUCCCUGCAUUAAAAAUAGUAUGUUCCUCACCAGAGCUCAAAGACAUAAAGCAGUGUAAAGGUCCCAGGAUCAUCAUUGAGAGACAUGAUGGUGUGGUUAAGGUCCUGGUAGCCAAUGAGGAUAAAGAAUCGUCUAAACCCCCAUUUAUGUGUAUGAAACGUGGAAGAGAAGGCAAAUGCUGGCUCUUGGCAAAUAACAGCAUUCCACUGGUGUCAAUCACUGACUGCAUGUGUUUCCAGGCUUGGAAUGAAGAUCAGAAUAAAGCUCGUUCAGAAUACUGUCCCUUUGAAAACAACAAAACAGAAUUUAGAGCUAAUGUCCUGAGAAACAUGUCAGUGUCUGUGGCCCACAUCAAGACAAACGAUGAUGAGCCGGUGAUGAGCUGGAACUUAACGGUACCCUGUAGGUUAAGUGCUGAACUGUGGCCGUGUCAGCUCGAGGCAGAUGGACAAUGCAGAGAAAUGAAAGGAUUCAGGCAGCAGCACUUGAAGGAUUGGGAGGAAAACAGCACAAUGCUAUGGGCAUCCGGGAAAUUUGUGAACAUCACGUCUCGGAAUCACCUGCAGCUCUGUGUGAAGGUUAAAGUGGAUGGAAAGAUUGUGCAGUACUGUCAACAUCGCUUGGAUCGGCAGUACUGGAGCCUUCUUGUUCUUCUACCGCUGAUCCUUGUUUGUCUGACUAUUUUUGGAGUACUUCUUCUGGUGAACAAACUGAAAUGGUCCCCUAGCGAAUGGGACAGAUGCCAUUCUCAAGAUAUGAAGGGACAGGUGUUGUUGCUCCAUUCCUCAGCCACAGACCCACAGUUGGUGUGUAGGCUGGGCCAGUUGCUUUCUGAGCUGGGUUUCGAAGUAUUUCUCGACCUGUGGAACCAAACAGAGCUUGGUUCUCUCGGCCCGGCAGCGUGGCUCCACUCCAAGCUCGAUCACAUCCAGAAAUACGGAGGCAAAGCCCUUCUUUUGCUUUGUCCAUCAACACUACAAAGAGCCGAGUGCUACUGGAACAUUGCAGUGGAAAAACAAAGCAAUCCUGCAACAUACUCCUCAGAUACGCUGGCUUCGGCCCUGGCCUGCAUUUUAGCUGACCGCCAGAAGGGCGGCGCUGCUCAGCGGUUCGUCCAUGUGCAGUUAGAGUGUCAGGAACUUCUCAUUAAAGAGGAGCUGCCAGUGUUGUUCAGGGGCCUGCCGCUCUAUAAACUGCCCUCACAGUCUCAGGGAUUACUUAUGGAGCUAUGUUUGGAGAGCCCAAAUAAUGUUUGUGGGAAGUUGAAGAAGAUGUGGUGGAUAAAAAGGGCACGGAGGAAGCUGGCCAAAGGAGUGCAGAACAUUUCUAAUACGACGAGGGCGAGGACUGAUACCAUGCUCACUCAAAGUGACUCACUCAGCCUAGACACAGAAGACACUGAGGAAAGAGUUUUUCUCAAAAAUGAACAGCACUGACAUGUCAUGGUCAUGUACUCUCUCUCAUCACAGCAGAACAUUGUUUUUAAAAUGUCUGUCACUAUGGACUAUGGACAGACUACAUACAUGUACCAGAAUAGCAUGGUAAUAGCACGUCCUUUAAAACAUGGUAUUGUCACGUUUCUCUUUGCGUAUGGAAAUACUA